AUUUAUCUGACCUUUGCCUUUUAACAAGUUUAAGACAGCCCCAUUUUCUCACAUUUACUCCAACAAUGGCUGCUCUUCUUGAAUCUAUGGUUCUCUCUGCUUCUUCUCCCCCCUCCAGUUUGUUCCCUCCUUCUAUGACUGAUUCACUGCCCGGAAUUUCGUUGUCCAGUGGCCAGCGCUUGAAAUCUUUGCCGGGUUUCACAGGGUUGAAGAUGCAGGCGCCUUUGAAAUCACCGCCAGCUUCGUUGUGUUCGAAGGUUCCUAGGGUUUCUCCACAUAAGACAAGCAUAGUUUGUGAAGCUCAAGAUAGUGCACUUGAAAUUCCAACAGUGAAUGAUACAACAUGGGAGUCGCUAGUUUUGAAGGCCGAUGGACCAGUGCUAGUUGAAUUUUGGGCCCCAUGGUGUGGACCGUGCCGUAUGAUCCAUCCAGUUAUUGGCGAACUAGCACAACAGUAUGCUGGAAAGCUCAAGUGCUUUAAGUUGAACACUGAUGAAAGUCCUUCCGUUGCUACCCAAUAUGGAAUCCGGAGCAUCCCAACCAUCAUAACCUUCAUUAAUGGUGAAAGGAAAGACGCUGUUAUUGGUGCCGUGCCCAAAUCCACCUUAACUGCAGGCAUUGAGAAAUUCUUGUAGGUAAGAAAAGUAUAACGUCAUCGCCAUAUGUUUUUGCUCUUUUGUAUCCUCACAACUGUCAACAGGAAGAAAAGUUGGCCUUUCUGUAUAACAUCAGACUCUUGAUUUGUCCAAAGUCUUGUUUUGAUGACGUAUGCUCUUCAUUUAUUAAUUAAUACAUCACAGAUUUUAACAUCUUUAA